AUGCAAGACAUAUUUAAAAAGGACCAAUACAACUUCCAGCUUGUCGGAGAGCCCAGCCAAACCUUACAGCUAAUUUUACUCCAAAAUCAAUCAGUUUUCACUAACCUCCCUUAUAUCGUUUAUAUGUCGAAAAAUCUAAAAAUCAAAAAAACUAAAAAUUCCUGAUACAAAUCUCUAUCAAGCCUAUUUUACGAUAAUCCUGAGUUUAUUCACAAAAUAAAAAACCAAGAAGGAGCUUUAGAAUAUGUAGGGAUCAGCAAAACAAUGGGUGGCAAAAUAUUCGGAUUAAAUCCCAAGAUUUUUGAUGGAAAAAUGAUAAUUAGAUUUGAUGCUUUACUAGCUUAUACUUCAGAAAUUUCAAUAAAGAACCAUUUAAGUCAAGAUAUGCAGAUGAGAAAAGAAUUAUGGAUUGAAGGGUCAGGUGAUGGAAUUAUCUUUCUACAAACCCCUUGCACUUUAAUAGAAAAAAGAUUGAGCAAUGAUGAAGAAAUUUUGGUUUCGAAGAAUUCAAUUGUAGCGUGAUCAAAAAAUAUAAGGAUCACAAAUAAUACAGAAAAUAAUUCGUUCGCAAAUUCUUAUUAUUAUGGAUGGGUUCAAAAUAUACAUAAAAUGGCAGGUAAUUAGCGACCGUCUUCACCUUGGCGAGUGUCCUUAUGUAUAUCGGAUGUGGUUUUUGCUGCAAAGAGCUGCCCAAGGAUGGGCUAGCCUCGAAGACAGAGGCCCAGUAUUAUUUCUGCUAAUUAGUGGCCAAGCUCGAACUGCAGUUUUUUGCAUCUUUUUUGCCAGCAGUGCCAAAGACCAGGCUGGGUGUCCGAUGAAGGCAGGGCACUUACCUGCCUAGGCUGCUUUGUGAUUUGUCCCGAAUCGCAUAAGCGGUUGAAUUUUUUCUUAGUACUGAGCCAGGGGACAAAGGAAAGACAGGCCAGACAAUACUCUCAGGGGCUACAGUCUCUCCAGUUUAAAAGGGUCCUGUGGAAGGGGUGAUCUGGCCAAGCUAAGCAGGGUUGGGUAAGCUGAUUUCUUGUGUUGGUCCCGUCAAAGUCCGUAUGACUCGGAUUAUAGAGAGAAAAUGCCUCUAUCGAGAAAUCGGGGGUUUCGGCCCAGGCUCAAGUUAACCGUAGAACACAUGGUGCUCAUGAAUGGGGAUUAUAGAGACACAUCUUAAUCUGAUCUAAUGAUGGGUUCAAGCCAAUGUGAAAGGGCCUGGCGUAGUUUAUAUAGAAGGGAAUGGGAUAACACAAGAAGAAAGAAAAAAGAGUAUUUCCAACAAGAGAAUUAGAGCUUUUAUGUUUAUGUUUUUCUUUAUGAUAGUCGUAGAAAUUAUUCAAAUGUAUCUAGAAGAGUUCAUCUAAUUCCUCGCUUGUAAAUUUGAACCAAGCAUUGUUUCAAUUUACAGGAUAAUUUUUUUUUGAAAAAAAAUAUAUGAAAUUUUUAAUUAAUUAUAAAAUAUCAAUUUAAAUUAACUUUGUUUAAACGUCUUAAAAAUAAAAAUAAUUUAACCUUAAACUAUAUGUAUAUAUAAUAGUAUUUUUAGCAAUAAAAAAAUAAUUUAGCAAAGGUUAAUCUAUCCAAAAAUGAAAUUUUAUAAGUAAUUUGUUCCAAUUUAAAAGAGGGGGAUGAUAA